GUGAGGUGACUGAAUAGAGAAGUGGACUGAGUGUUUUGAGAGCUCUGUUCUGAGAAGUCAUCCCGUGCCACCCAAGAGAACAGUGUCUAUGUCACCAACAGCAGGAUAUGUCGCUUACUGUAAAUGGACUGACCUGAUGAUGCCAACCAGAAGAAGAAGUGGGGUGGGGGCCAGGCGCGUACUAGAUCGUCAAUCCCUGCCUCGCUAAAGUCAGUCUGCCGAAGUCACUGCAGCUGUCGGGAAGAAUGUCUCUAUCUGAUGAGUAUUGUGAGGAAAAAGCGGGCAACAGGGAUGGGGGAGCCUUGGCCCAACAGAGGAAGCUGAUCUUGGGCUUGAUGGUUUGGUGCACCCUGCUGACUUUUGGCCUUGCCACAUCCAUAAUCUACUUCCAGUUCAUUCCUAGAGCAUCACAAGAUCCUGCUAAAAAUGAGUCCCUACAGAACUUCACCUCACCCGUUGGCAACAAAAAAGACACAGAAGAUAAACUAAUAGCAUUUCAACCAAAAUACCUUUCCACAGGGGGCGAUAGAGACUGGGUGGACAUACUCCGCUGGGGCAAUGGAAUUAUUAAAUCUCAAAGUUUCAUCUCUGGAGAUAAACAGCUGAUGGUUCAAAAGGAUGGCCAAUAUUUCCUCUACCUACAGGUCACCCUUGACAGCGGGGAUACAGGACAGAAAUAUGAAGUAACUGUGAUCGGUCACAAUGUGAGCGGUCACAAAGACUCGAUUCAACUUUUAUCGAGACAUAUCAGUAACACAAACCUCUCGACUGGUUUCAUGGGUAAAGGAAUCCCCUUGAAUAAAGGGGCUUUUAUAACUGUAACUUGCAAGCCUAAAGCCUAUAUCAAAAAUGAUGAGAAACACACUUACCUGGGUGUAAUCAAGAUUGGAUAAUCCUGAAUCAGCCCUGUAUCAUGAAAUCGACGGAUGACAAUAUGAAUGUGGACAGUAUGCUGGGAAGCACUUAAAUGCACACUGGAUGGAGUAUAGACGACAUAUUUGUUUUAAGAGAUGUAUUUUUCCCUAAAGAGGCUGUCUGCCUUCAUUGCACUAUAUUUAAGCUUUUUCCCCACUCAGUGGACACUUUGUAUUGCUAUGUAUUUCUACAUGGACACAAUGAAGCAGGAUUUACGAUCCUAACGGAGGAUUGGGAACCUGUGUUUGAUCACUAUGUGAAUAUUUAUUAUUCAAUUGCACACAAGGGAGAACGAAGAGGCUUUCAAACGUAUCAGGUUAUCUCCCUUUAAACAAGUAAAAUAAAAUGAAG